GGAGCUUCCAAUUCCCGACGACGAGCUUUGAGCAGCGACGACGACGGGCGACGACAAAACGUCAACGACGACGACAAGCGGCAACAACGAACUCCCCGGACCGGCUGGCCAGCUCCGAGUCCCCACCAUAGACCCUCCAACCCCCGGAAUUGGCAUGCGACGCCCGCUUUGAACCACACACACAAAUAACACAUACACCUGCCUGCACAUAUACACCCAUACGCCCACCGCAGCACGCAAUGGCACCGAAGCGCAACGCCAACCAGCCGUCGGCAAAGGAGACGGCGGCCGCCCCUGCCGCCCCUGCCGCCGGCGCCCCCGCGGCCGCGGCAGCCCUCUCCUCCACCAAGCCCGCCAAGGGGUCGUCGUCGCCGCCCCGCCAGGGCUGGGACCAGAUCGCCAACAACGUCGUCGAAUACUACCAAAAGUCCACGCCCCAGCGCACCAAGCUGAUCGACGUCUUCCUGGCCUUCCUCGUCGCCGUCGGCGCCCUCCAGUUCCUCUACUGCAUCCUGGCCGGAAACUACCCAUUCAAUGCCUUCCUCUCGGGCUUCUCUGCAACGGUGGGACAGUUCGUCCUGACUGUCUCGCUCCGGAUCCAAGCCAACGAAUCGAACGCUUCCGACUUCCCCUCGAUUUCUCCAGAGAGGGCUUUUGCAGACUAUGUCGUAGGCAGCUUGAUCCUGCAUUUCUUCUGCGUCAACUUCAUCAACUAGUGUUCUGCGCACGAGCGUAAGGGGAUGGGAAAUGGUAGUUGGGCGGGCCGUGAAAGUCUGCUCAAAACAAAAGCGCAGGAUGACCAGGGAGUCCGGGCGUCGUGAAUGCAACGGCUGUACAGAUAUCACGACGAAAAAAAGAAACAGAAGCCAUUUCCGAGCAAGGUCGCCCAUAACAAUAUCGAGCCAGCAUUGAAGCAAAUCUGUGCCGCGCUUGCAACCAGCUUCCUGAUUCGAGAGCUCUAAAACUCUAACACUGUAUAUCACCGGUUUAUAGAAAUAGAAACGGGGCUGGCCAGGAACAAUUCUAUGAUGGCAGC